AUGGAGCUGGUUCAGAAAGCUGAGUAUGAGGCAGACGAAUGGUUUGCGGCGCAGGUGGUGGAGGAAGAAUGGUUAAAAGAGGAGAGAAUAAACCAAGCACCAGCUAAGCGUAAAUGGAGUCCUCUGGAGGCAGGGUGGAACAUGUGUAACAUUGGAGUGGAGUUUGACAAAAACAGUGGCUUAGUGGGAGGAGGAUGGGUACUCAGGAAUGAGAGAGGAGUUGUGCUAUGCCAUAGUAGACGCGCCUUCUCAGGGUGUAAGUCGAGAGAAGAUGCAAGGUUUGUGGUGGUGAUGUGGGAUAUGGAAAGUAUGCGGACCCAACGCCAGACCAAAGUUAUCUUUGCAGGGGAAUGUGGAGAUUUAUUUGGGGCUACAUCGAGACCUGAAGCCUGGACAUCCUUCCAAUUCCAAAGUACUGCCAUGCUAAAUGAAUUAAAGGGGAUUGCGGAGUGGAAGCUUAUGGUAGUUUCUAGAGAAACUAACAGAGGUGCUUUUUUCAUUGCUCAAAGUGUUACUAAUCUUGGAUUGGUGAAUUCGUAUAUCGCUAGGGGUCAUCCCGAAUGGUUGUUCGAACUCUUUGUUAAUGAAAGUAGGAACCUCUGA